AUGGUUACCAUAGUAUCACUAUUACUAUGUGACUGCAAUUACCACGUUCGCCUGCUGUCCCGGCAGGCUACAAUCCAGAAGAAGUUAGAGUACAAGAAGUGUUUCGAGUAUACCGGGGACCUGCAUUCGGGUGACAACGUCAACUUCAAGGUUGCAGGUCUUGCGACCGGCUCCUUCACCAUCGACACGCUUCCCAGGGAGGAUGCCACGCUCAUCCUCGUUGUUCAGCCACACGAUCGUGCCAGCAUGGCGGUGUCUUUCGCGUCCCACGUCUUUGCAGGGUUUUCCGGCCCGCAGGUGGCCUUGUUGGACGCUUUCCAGGGGCCGUCGUCCUCGCUCGUCGAACUGCGACCAGAGGGUGGCGACGAGAACCUGGAGACUCUGAGGUACAACUCCGUCAUGUCAUUGGAGGAGGGUGACUACCAGGUGGUGCUCCAGCAGGACAAGGAGAAGAAGCUGGAGGCUGACCUGAGGGUUUAG